AUGGCUUAUACUCAACGUCUUGUAAUUCAUUUUCGUGAAAUACAAAAAAAUCCACCUCCACUAUGCUAUGCGGAACCUAAAGACCCUAGCAAGAGCAUGGCUGAUUGGAUAGGUUAUAUAGAAGGACCAGAAAAUACGCCAUAUGCUGGUGGAAAAUUUCAUCUUACUAUCCAUUUUUCUGCAGAGUUUCCCUUCAAACCACCCGAGAUUCGUUUUAUUACACCAGUUUUUCAUCCCAAUAUCAGUGUCGAUGGUGAGAUUUGUUUAGAUAUUCUUCACUCACAAUGGUCUCCAGCAUUAACAAUACGUGGUCUUUUAAUAUCGUUAUCUUCACUGUUGACAGACCCCAAUCCAGAACAUGGACUCAAUAAAGACGCACUACAUCUAUAUCGAACGAAUCCGGAGAUAUACAACAAGACAGCGAGAGAAUGGACAAGAAACUAUGCUGUAGAUAGUAACCAUUCAAGAAUUGAUAAGACAGCUGCCUUUAUGACCAUAUUGACUAAUGAUAAAAAGAAACCUGCAACAAUCCCAUGCAAAACAUCCAAUUUUUUUUAUUAUGUUACUUCUUAG